CGCUUAUAACCUGAGCAGUGUCCGAGUCGGCAGCAUCUUCGACCAGAUACGAGUAGAUCUGUGAACGCGGAAGAGAUACGUGUAACAUCAGCUCUCAAAUACGUUGUAAAAGAUGCUGAAGUAUCCAUCCAUGUGGCUGCAGCUGGUCUUGGGCUGGGUCUGUCUGGGUGCCGUGUCAUUGCAGUCACUCCAGUCGUUUCCCAAGCUCUGCGACGUUCACAACUUUGAUGAAUACUUGAGGCAAACGGGCAAGAAUUACGCGGACGAUGGCGAGCGGGCGUACCGCGAGAGUAUCUUUGCGGCCAAGAAGUCCCUCAUCGAUCUGAGCAAUAAGAAUGCGGACAGUGGAUUUUCCGGUUACCGCCUCAGUCUCAAUCCGCUGGCCGACAUGACCAAAAAGGAGAUUGCCACGCUGCUGGGAUCGAAGGUCUCCGAAAGUGGCGAGAAAUACACGAAUGGCCACAUCAACUUUGUGACAGCCCCAAAUCCGGCCAGUGCCAACCUGCCCGAGUCCUUUGACUGGCGCGAAAAGGGAGGCGUGACGCCGCCAGGAUUCCAGGGCGUGGGCUGCGGUGCCUGCUGGUCGUUCGCCACGACGGGCGCCCUCGAGGGCCAUCUGUUCCGUCGCACGGGUGUGCUCGCCUCGCUGUCGCAGCAGAAUCUGGUGGACUGUGCCGACGACUACGGCAACAUGGGCUGCGACGGUGGCUUCCAGGAGUAUGGCUUCGAGUACAUACGCGACCACGGCAUCACGCUGGCCAACAGGUAUCCGUACACGCAGUUCGAGAUGCAGUGCAGGCAGAACGAGACGGCGGGCCAACCGCCCAGGGAGAGCCUCGUGAAGAUUCGCGACUAUGCCACCAUCACACCGGGCGAUGAGCAGAAAAUGAAGGAGGUGGUGGCCACACUGGGCCCCUUGGCCUGCUCCAUGAACGCUGCUCCCAUCUCGUUCGAGCAGUACCAGGGCGGCAUCUACGCGGACGAGGAGUGCAACCAGGAUGAGGUGAAUCACUCCGUUGUCGUGGUGGGCUAUGGGUCCGAGGGCGGGCGCGACUACUGGAUCAUCAAGAACUCGUACUCCCAGAACUGGGGCGAGGGCGGCUUCAUGCGAAUCUUGCGCAACGCCGGCGGCUUCUGUGGCAUUGCCAGCGAGUGCAGUUACCCCAUUCUAUAAUAGGAUAGCAAACCCCUUUAGUCUGUACCUCUCUAGAUAGUCAAUUAAGCAAUGAAUAAAA